AGGUGGUGGUUUUGUUGAUUUGAUCUGGUUUCCGAUAAUGGAAGGGGGAUCGUGGAAUUGUGUCAAUGUAACACCGUUCCUGAGCAAGACCUACGACAUGGUGGAUGAACCGUCGACCAACUCGGUGGUGUCGUGGGGUGAUAACAACAACACCUUUGUUGUUUGGAACGUUCCAGAAUUCGCCAGAGACAUCUUGCCUAAGCAUUUCAAGCACAACAACUUCUCCAGCUUCGUCAGGCAGUUAAAUACUUACGGUUUUAGAAAGGUUGACCCAGAUCGAUGGGAAUUUGCAAAUGAAGGAUUUUUAAGGGAUAAGAAACAACUCUUAAAGAGUAUCUGUAGGCGGAAAUCUACUCAAGGAAAUGGUAGUCAACAAUCCUCUCAAGCGCAUAACUCAACUGUUGGGGCAUGCGUUGAAGUGGGUAAGUUUGGGCUUGAGGAAGAGGUGGAACGACUGAAAAGGGAUAAGAAUGUUCUUAUGCAAGAACUUGUUAGGUUAAGUCAGCAACAGCAAGGCACUGAUAACCAAAUGCAAAGUGUUGGGCAACGUGUGCAGGUAAUGGAGCAGCGUCAGCAGCAUAUGAUGUCAUUCCUGGCAAAGGCCAUGCAGAGUCCAGGCUUCUUUGCUCAAUUUGUAGAGCAGCAAAAUGAAAGUAAUAGACACAUUCCUGGAGGCAAUAAAAAGAGGAGGUUCAAUGGCCAGGAAGAAGAUAGUUUAGCUACCAAGAAUCUCCAUAAUUCUCUUGAUGGUCGUGUUGUCAAGUACCAGACUUCCACAAAUGAGGCUGCAAAGGCAUUACUUCACCAGAUAUUGCAAAUAAAUAAUUCUACAACAACGGAAUCAUCAAUUAAGAACCCUGAUGCAUUCCUUAUUGACGACAUUCCUUCUCCCAUUGCGUUAGAUAGCAGUAGUUCAACUACUCAGGUUUCUAAUGUGACCCUUUCCAAUUGUAUGCCCAAUAGCAUAUCUGAGGUGCAGUCUCCACCUGCUGUGUUGACUGACUGUGGCAAAACUGCUGAAUUUCCAGUGUUAAACGUGCAUAAUUGUCAAGACAAUGUUCUAGAUUUUUGUGAAGUUCAAGGGAUGGAAACGGAAAGUAGUUCAGUGGAUCUUGAUCUUAAUUUUGCGGGGGUUGACACUGGGAACAUGGAGGAGAUAGAUAUGAUAUCAGCUGUUCUGGAUGAGACAUACUCUGUAGAAGCUUAUCAUUUUUCGCCUGAUGCUGAUGAAAUUUCUAAACUCCCAGGAAUCAAUGAUGAAUUCUGGGAACUGUAUUUUAGGCCAAGUCCACUUACGGGAGACACAGAAGAAAUUAAAUGUAGCUCUCUAGGAUGUGGCUUGACCGAAAACCAGGGUUUGCCGUCAGAAAAGGAAAAUAAACAGGAAAAAUUGGAUAAGAUACAGAAUGUUAACCAUCUUACCCAACUGAUAGGACUUCUUGCAUCCGAGUCUUAAUUGCGUACAUAUGUUUCUUGCAACUGAAGGUGUUAAAUUUGCGGUCAUUGUCAUCAUAAGCAUGCUGGUUCUCAUAGUUCCCUGACCUGAACUGAUGCAGGUGUAAAAUUUGCUGUCAUUGUCAUAAUACUCAAUUGCUGUCUUUCCUUCAUUAAAGAGUGGGAAAAGGAAGCGGUGACUGUGAAUGUCUAAAUGAACGACUGACCUAUUACAAACAUGUAUAUUACUAAGAUAGGAAAUUAGCACAGAUGUUCUUGCAUGUUAUCUUACAACAAGGAGAGGAAGGAGUGGGAGUAGGGGCUGACUUUCACUUUUCCCUUGAUAAAUCUAGUUUCUAUUGUGUUAUAUACGUCCUACCUUUGUUCAUAAUAAUUCACAUAUUUAUUGGUAUAUUUUUCAAUUCAACAUAUUUGGAUAUUAUAUUCAGUUAAAAAGUGUUGGUCAGGGAGAAGAGUUGAAGUCGGGCAGAGUUUUUAUGUAUCAGUUUACAACACUCUUUGUUCAUGAUUCCUACACAGGUUUAGGUCCUUUGCUGCUGGACAGAUAAAGCCAUCUUACAUCUACAAAGAAACCUGACUGAUGUCAUGAAACAACUUGAUCCCUGCUUCUUUGCCCUAUGUCAUGUCAUGUGUUUUGUUUGUCUUUUGGGGCUUAAAACCGCAGAAACUUUACGAAUCUUUCUCUAUGCUUAUGUAUUUUGAAUUUUGACAACUCUUUGCUUUCUUUCCAACACCUCAUGCUUGUCGUUGCCACGAACUGUAUAUUUCUUUCUAUUCUCUCCUCUCCUUCUUCUCAUGCUGCGGUUAUAUUCUUGUGGGGGUGU